GUCUCGCUCUGGGUCACGGGGCAAAAAGUAGACUAGAACUAGGAUAAAAAGAACAAUGGGGCGUGUUUCUAGUGGUCAGUCUCGAUUUCAGUACUGUCUCUGUCUUCCUUCCCUUUGUAUACGGUUUGUGCACGUUCCAGUACGGUAAACGCUUCACGGAGGAGUACGAAGAGUCCUAUACAGGGAGUUGCGGUCGGUGGUCAUAGCCAAUUUUAUACGGCUAAUAUUUUUUUAGCUCAACACAUCGUAACAAAACAUGUCCGUUGGCAUUGAGUCGGGAUUUUCCAAUGACGAGGUGCUGAAUAGUCGUUUCCCUCUUCACCGGGCGUGCAGAGAUGGAGACGUAGUUGCUUUGUGUUCUCUUCUUCAGUGCACCAUAAGCCAUGCAGACCUCAUCGCGGAAGACUCCUUCUAUGGAUGGACACCCAUUCAUUGGGCAGCUCAUUUUGGGAAGUUGGAGUGUGUUGUGCGCCUAAUGCAGGCGGGCUGUGAGGUAAACACCAUGACAACAAGGUUUGCCCAAACGCCUGCACACAUCGCGGCUUUUGGAGGCCACCCGGAGUGUGUGCUGUGGCUGCUACAGGCUGGGGCAGACAUUAACAGACAGGACUAUGUAGGUGAGACCCCUAUCCACAAGGCCGCACGGGCUGGUAGUAUGGAGUGUGUCAAUGCCCUGUUGAUACAGGGUGCUAAACCGGACUUAAGGAACGCUAAUGGUCUGACGGCAGCAGACCUGGCUCACACACAGGGCUUCCAAGAGUGUGCCCAGCUGCUCUCCAAUGCGCAAAACCACCUCAACCAGCUCAACGGUUUCCAUACCAACAGUGUGUUAAAUGGCACCCACUCCCUCAGUCAAAGCCGGAGUCUACUCAAUGGGCUGGCCAAUAGAAAGCGGCUAUUGGAAGGCACAGAGCCCAAUCACAUUAAGAAGGCCAGAACAGAAGGUGUUGACUUGCCUGCUUGGAUGCAGCCAGGCUGUGAGAAUGAGCUGGAAAGCAUGCACAUGGACUCCGCAGCCCUGGAUGCCGUCUCAGAUGACCCUAAAGCCACCAUGGGUCAGAUGAACGGCAACACUGGGCCACAGAAUGGCGCCAUCUCCACCAAAAGUCACUGUAGCAUGCUGCCGCGCCUAAAUGAGGCCAACGCUGCCAUUCAAUCAAAUGGCUUCUCACCGUGGGGACUGCCGGCCUUAGCGCCUUCCACUGAGAAUGGGCAGUCGUCGCCACUGCUUGUCAAUCAGGAGCCAGAGGAGAUUCAGCAGCGCUUGGCCCAUGAGAUGUGCGGCUCACUCCACCUGACAGGAAGCCCCAGCAGCUGCGUGUCCCACCGGCCUUCCUGGGAGGCCAUGACAAGUGACCCAGGAGACAGCCUGCACUACGGACACUACCACGGCUUUGGCGACACGGCCGAGGACCUGGCCGAGGAGCACAGCAGCUCAGUGCGCGUGGAGCAGUGUUACAACCAGGCCCUGCUUGGAGCCAUGCACUUCUAUCACGACUCCUAAGUAGGGACAUUGGCCCUGCCCAAGAAAGUGGUUCAUGCAUCCGCAUGCCACAGUUAGGGCACAAGGGUUCCCACAGCCGCCUGCCUGCCUUAAUGAUGACAGUGACACUGCUGUUGUACUGAGGAGACGGAGAGAAGACAAAUAUUGUAGCCCAUCUACCAAAGGGAGAGAAAUAACUUUUUUCCUAUUUGAUAUCUGAAAUCCUUAUUAUUUAGGACUUGGGACAGAACCUUGAAAAAAAAAAUUGGGGUCAGUCAUGAAAAUAGAAGUUCUGAAAACAUUUUUAUUUAUGGAGAAUAAGCUAUGAAGAACAGCUGUCUGUCUGGUGCAGGUACAGCAAACUAGCCCAAAAAGAAAGUUUAUUGAUAAGAUAUUGUGGAAAUUACUUGCUAUGGUGUAAAAAAAAAACUAUUGCGACAUGUUACUAUUGGUAUACUCCCUCAGACUAUAUUCCCACUAAUAUUACAGUGUCUGUAUACAGGAAGAGAUGUGAUUGUGGUAACCUGAUUCUAGUUUGUCUUGUGAUGAUUUUGGCUUGUUUGUUUUUUAAUGGUGAUUAUUAAAAUAAAGGUGAUAAGACCAUAA